GCGCCGCCACCACUGCCCUUCGCUGCCGAUGAGGCGGUGCGCGUGGCCGCUGCUGCGGUUCCCCGCACGCGCGGGGCUCGUGCUCCGCCAUGGCGGGGCUGCCGCCGUCCGACUGCGGCCUGGCGCCGCCGCCGCGGCCUCGUGUUCCUCCUCAGCCGGCGGGGACGGCAGCGCCCGGGCUCCCGACACCUCUCUCUUCGUGCCCGUGCCGCUGAAGCCUGUCGGUGACGGGGCCGAGGAGGACGUUGGCGCCGAGCUCACGCGGCCCCUCGACAAGGGUGAAGUUCUAAAAAACUUAAAUAAGUUCUACAAAAGAAAAGAAAUCCAAAGACUAGGAGCAGAAAAUGGAUUAGAUGCUCGCCUGUUUCACCAAGCAUUUAUAAGCUUUAGGAAGUAUAUCAUGGAAUCCAGUUCUGUGAGUGCUGAUUUGCAUAUUAUUCUCAAUGAUAUAUGCUGUGAUGCAGGUCACGUGGAUGAUCUCUUUCCGUUUUUCCUGAGGCAUGCAAAGCAGAUCUUUCCAAUGCUGGAUUGUAUGGAUGAUCUACGCAAGAUCAGUGAUUUAAGAUUGCCGCCCAACUGGUAUCCAGAUGCCAGAGCUAUUCAGAGAAGGAUAAUAUUCCAUGCUGGUCCUACAAACAGUGGAAAAACUUACCACGCUAUCCAGAGAUUUUUGUCAGCAAAAUCUGGAAUAUACUGUGGUCCACUAAAACUUCUGGCUCAUGAGAUCUUCCAAAAGAGUAAUAAUGCUAAUGUGCCAUGUGACUUGGUGACAGGAGAAGAACGUGUGUAUGCCAAUGAAGAUGCUAGACAAGCUCCUCAUAUUGCUUGUACCAUUGAAAUGUGCAGCACUAAUACACCUUAUGAAGUUGCUGUUAUUGAUGAAAUUCAGAUGAUCAGAGAUCCUGCCAGAGGGUGGGCUUGGACAAGAGCCCUCUUAGGACUCUGUGCAGAAGAAAUCCACGUUUGUGGAGAGGCUGCUGCUAUUGACUUGGUGACAGAGCUCAUGUACACUACAGGGGAGGAAGUUGAAGUCCGAAACUACGAGAGACUCACUCCUCUCACUGUGCUGGAUUAUGCCUUAGAAUCUUUAGAUAACCUCCGCCCUGGAGACUGCAUUGUCUGUUUCAGUAAGAAUGACAUUUAUUCUAUCAGUCGACAGAUUGAAGCCAGAGGAUUAGAAUGUGCUGUCAUAUAUGGCAGUCUACCACCAGGAACAAAACUUGAACAGGCAAAGAAGUUCAAUGAUCCUGAUGAUCCAUGCAAAAUUUUAGUUGCUACAGAUGCAAUUGGAAUGGGACUCAAUUUGUGUAUAAGAAGAAUAAUAUUUAACUCUAUAGUAAAGCCAACUAUCAAUGAGAAGGGAGAAAAGGAAAUAGACUCCAUUACAACCUCGCAGGCUCUACAAAUUGCAGGCAGAGCUGGACGUUAUGGCUCAUCCUUCAAACAAGGAGAAGUCACUACAAUGCAUCGUGAUGACCUCAUACAGCUGAAGGAAAUUUUGAGUGAGACUGUGCGCCCUGUGAAGGCAGCUGGCCUACAUCCUACUCCUGAGCAGAUAGAAAUGUUUGCUUAUCAUCUCCCUGAUGCCACUCUAUCUAACUUAAUUGAUAUUUUUGUGAGUCUCUCACAAGUCGAUGGGCUUUACUUUGUCUGCAAUAUUGAUGACUUCAAAUUUCUAGCAGAUAUGAUUCAGCACAUUCCACUAAAUUUGCGAUCACGAUAUGUCUUCUGCACUGCACCCUUGAAUAGAAAAGAGCCUUUUGUGUGUACCACGUUGUUGAAGUUUGCAAGGCAGUUCAGUAGAAAUGAGCCUCUGACAUUUGACUGGCUCUGUCAGCACACUAAAUGGCCAUUAGCUGCCCCGAAGAACAUCAAAGAACUUGUACACCUGGAGGCUGUUCAUGAUGUUUUUGACCUCUAUCUGUGGUUAAGUUACCGUUUCAUGGAUAUGUUCCCUGAUGCUGUCCUUGUGAGGGAUAUACAGAAAAAACUGGAUGACAUUAUACAAGUUGGUGUCAGCAACAUCACAAAGCUGAUCCGAGCUUCACAAUCUGCAACUGCUCCUGGCGCAGCGGAAGUUGUGUCGGAAGACUUUCCUCUUUCAAGGACAAAGAGGGAUACCAGAGUGAUUUCAGACCGUCAUAGUGCAAGAUCCACAGAGGCACUCUCUGUUGCAGUGGAUGUGCCAGGAGAAAGAAGAGCAAAGAACUUGAAAGCCUAUCGGUCUUCAACAAGGCAGGAGGAUCUGAAAAGCUAUGGACGUGGAUCUCUUGCCAACAGAUUGCUGCGUGAAGGACUUCUAACACAAGAAAUGCUAAGACAGCUGGAGAGUGAGUGGCAGGAUCAGCACAGGAAUGGUAGAUAUGGCAUUGGUUCAAAAAGAGAUGAUCAGAAUAGUUCAAAGGAAAUGGAGAAACAGAAAAAAUAGAGCCAUGUCCUAAUUCUGUUUAGGUUUUAUUAAUAAAAUAAACUACUAUUUUAAUAUCUUCUUUGGCAUUUCAUGUUUACACUGCUGCAGCUCCUUCAUGUUUUUGUUUGUCCUGUGACCAGAUAUGUGAAUCAGUCAGAGAAAUGGACUCUUAAAAGCUCAGAGGCCAUACGUUUGCAUUUAGCAGUCAACUGUACACUUUUUCAAUCAUGGAAUUCAGCAAAAGUGUAUGAUGUGCUGCUGUGUGGAAAUUUGAACUUGAUGUCUUCUUGCGAGAUAUCCUCACAUUGUUAAUAAAUGUCACCUAUUUCACUAGUAAUGAAUUAGCUACUCAUUCCAUCCCUUCCCAAAGGGCAGAGUUUAACAGAUAACAAACAAGUAAUGAACAAUGCGGCAGGAGAUUGGUUCAUAAUGGUGAUAGGAGUCAUAUGCCCCUAACCUUUGUGUAUGUAAAAAUGCGGAAGCAUUUGUGUUAAUGAGUUGGAGAAUGAUAAAAUUCUUGCCACAGGAAUUUUUGAGUAAAUUCGAAUUCUGUCAUCGGAGGGGUGAUUACUGAAACAAAGUAACAUCUAUUCUUGCUCUUUAAAUUACAUUCUUUCUUCUAGGAAGAGCACAGCAUGCUGAUUCAGACAAAGUUUUGAGGGAGAAAGAAGAGAAAAAAAAACUGGAUUAUGAUUUUUGGGAGAAAGGAGAAGAUGUUAGAAACAUAGGUAUAGUUUUAGUUACUUUUGAGAAAUUCGGAUGUCUGUUUCUCCUCAAAUUUACAGUUCUAUUUAAUACAAAUUAUUUUCUGUGGCAUUUCAUGAUUAUUUUAUUUGCUUUACAUGCCAGUUUGUGAUACCUGAAGUUUGAGAGGAUGCAUAUAAUAUUUUAUGGAAGUUCACGUAACAGCUUAUAGUUUAAGCAACAACGUGUGAGUUGACAUUUGUGCCAGUAGUAUUUCCAUGUACCUAGUUUAUCAUGGCUAUCAUGAACUGGGAGAGUUAGGUGCUUACUGCCUGGAGAAAGGUUUAAUUUGCUGGACCUAGAUUUUUGGGAAAAGGCCUUUUUUUUUUUUUUUCGUUUCCUGAUGCAGCAUCACUGAGUAAUGUUUAAGUGCACCACCAGGGUAUGGCUCUUUUAUACAUGUGCAGAUGCUCUGUCAUUUGUUUUCAAAGCGUGAGCAGCUUUAAGAUAUGCUUUUGAGCCCCUGGUAGGGAUACUGGAGAGUGGAAAGAAUCAGAAGUGGAUUUCAGCAUUAGGAUGUGUUGCUCGGGCUGCCUGAGAAUAAUGCUGCAGAAACUGUAUUUCUGGGGUUGGCUAUAUGCAAGUCUGCAGAUACUGCUUGUCUUAAUGCUGGGAUGCUUAUAAAAGCCAGGUUGAAUUUCAUUGUAUCAAAUACCUGACAUUCUAAAAUGAUCAGCCACAUAUUUUUGUAGGUUGAAAGUUUGCUCUGAAUGCCCUUUGCUUCUUCCUAGUAUCAAUCCUUUAAGCUGCUGUUUGGAAACAAGUCUGCAGCAGUUUGAAUAAUGUUUUAACAGCCGAUUUCAGUGUAUUUCAUGAACUGUAUCCCCAUUAAAAGCAGACAGUGCUUAAA